GGCAAGCAGCAGACGCUGGCGAAGCCCCCGCGCGACCAGUGCUCUUCCUGGGACGAGGACUGCUACAGCACUGGGUGCUGCGACGUGGCGGGCCUGACCUGUUUCGAGACCAAGGCGGGGAAGGGCGAAUGCCUGAAGAAUUGCACGCCCAGCGCCUCUCAGCUCUGCACGCAGCCGUCAGCGAUUAUGGACCCGAUCCUGCAGGACGGCUCACGGUAUGACCCGACUCUGUAUUGCUUCUCGGUAGUGCAACAGGACCUUGGCACCACGAAAAAAUAUUACGACUUGGAGCUGCUUCAGGGGGCGUAUGGUAAGGGGGUUGGUAUCUUCGCGUGCGAGUCCUGGGGUGUCUUCAGCGACAAGGAUGGCGAGGUCGGACCCGGCGCCCCGCUCGUGAAAGUUGAUGACGUCGACGGCGACUUCAAGUUCGCGAAGAGAGAAGAGACAGGCACCUGGGUGAACACGGGCCUGCACUACCAGGCCUGGAAGGCCAUCCAGGAGGCGGGGGCGUACAAGAGCGCAAAUUGGGUGGUGAAGGUCGACUGCGAUGCGGUGUUCGUGCCAAGCCGCCUGACGUCUUGGUUGUCUGACAAACUGGUCCCAGCCACCGGCACCUACCUCGAGAACUGCCGCUUCGUCAAGUACGGAUGGUUCGGCAGCCUGGAGAUCUUCUCGAAGGUCGCCUUCGAGACGCUCCUUGCGUCGAUGGGCUCUUGCAAGGAGACCGUGGACUGGAAGGUGGGCAUCGAGGGGGGCAAGUACGGCCCGAUGGGCGAGGACCUCUUUGCCCAGGCCUGCCUUGACAAGAGCGGGGUCCGCCGCGGGGAGGCCUUCGGCACCAAGCUGGACGGCACCUGCGAGGCCGAUCGCCCGAGCGACCAGAAGAAGAACAAGAAGUGGAAGCCCACUUGCGACCAGGAGAAUUUUGCCGCCUACCACCCGCUGAUGAAGACUGGUGGGCGUGCUGGGACGCCACCACCAAGGCGUUCGGGAACUGAGCCCGGCCGGGGCGGCCGCCGAGCAGCGAUCGGCAGCUGCGCGCCCGGCGAGCGGGCGGUCGGCGGCGCGGGGAGGCCCCGCGGAGGGCCCGCGGAGGCGCGCGGGGGCCAGGCACAGGGGGCUUGCCCGCGCCCCCCGCACCUGCCGCUCUCGCGAACAGAUUCCACUGCUGUUGUCCACGCGUUUCGUUCUAGCGCCGAGUGGCCCUUGCUAGCGGGGGCUGGCGCCUUUCCGACAACGAAUCGUGCAGAGAAUUGCCUGCCGCACGUGUUUGUGUUCGCUUUUAGCUCGCCUCCCCGCACAAAGAUGGUGGGGAGGCCGCUUGCUGGCUCGCCAGUGCUUCUGCCUUCAUGGCGCCCGCCCUCCAGUCUCUCCGCUCGCCUCUCCGCGCCCCGCUCGCCCCUCCUCCCUCGCCGCAGUCGGCUCCGAAGAAUUGCUACCGGUUCUGCAUGUGUGCAGGACCGCGCGCGUGCGCGAGAAAACAACAACCAAUCCCUCAGCGCGGACCCUUGCCGCUUCCCCUCCAUGUCCCCUUCCCUGCCACCCCACGCUGGUACGUCUUAG